UGGCGGACAGAUCCGUCCAUUCAGUUGACGUUCCUUACUACGAAGAGUUUUGGAUAUAGUGUUAAACAAUGCCUCCGGCCAAUGUUACGAAAAAGUCGUCAGCGACUAAAGCUGUGAGAAAGACUGCAAAAUCGCAAGCUGAAACUGAUGACAUCGAGGAAUGGAAAAGAGCAAAGCAACUGCUGAAGCCAAAAGAUCAAUUGGAAUUAAAUGAACUUGAACUCAAAGAGACAAUAGGCAAACAGCUUGUCUCAACAAAUAACCGCCUACCUGACAGCCUGAUUGAAUUCAGCUAUGCGCAGGGAACAUUCAUACCAAUACCAUCACCUGGAAACGUGGUGGUGUCCUUUGAGCAGCAAGGCACUCUUCUUCAUAAAGAUUCCGAAGAGGCGCGACAGCAAAUGCUAGAGAUGGGAAUCGAUCCUUUGACCUACCAAACAUCCGUAGAAACCAUCUACGAACCAGAAGCUGAAGCGGAAGUACCAUCGGAAACAGCAGAGCCGAGCGUUGCACCGGAAGGUGAGGGUGAUACUACAGAAGGGGGAACCCAGACGGAGGAGGGGAAGGAAGAAGAGGAAGGCGCAGAAGGAACGGCUGAAAAGCCACCGGAAGAGAAGCCUGAGGAGGAAGAUGAAGAAGGGGAAGGUGAAACGGUGAUAAAGGCAACGGUCAAACCUGCAGCUAAAGGGGGAAGGCCCAGGAAGCUGACCAAUCAGUUCAAUUUCUGCGAAAGGGCCGCGCUGACGUACAACAACCCAGUUAGGUCCCAGGAAACUCAAACCAUUCCCCCGCCGAUGGCGAACUUCUCAGCCAAUGUACUGCAGUGGGUGAUCUACGACGCGUAUCAAGAAGACUUCGCCGCUCAACAGCUAGAGAAGGAGUUGGAAAGAGAGAGGAAAGAAAAAGAGAAAAUGUCAAUCGGCAAACCAUCGCAACCGAAGAAAGCUGCAAUGGGAAGGGCGCAGUUGAGUGAAGCAGUGCAAGGGAGAGUUCUGGAAUGUUGGAGGGUGUUGGAGAGAAUGAUCAACCAGAACACGUUCAAUGACAUAGCUAAAGAUUACCGGUACUGGGAUGACCCUUCAGACGAGUACAGGGACGAAGAAGGAACCCUGUUACCCUUGUGGAAAUUUACCUACGACAAAACAAAGAAGCACACUGUCACGGACAUGGAAUGGAAUCCUUUCUAUUACGACUUAUUUGCGGUCUGUUUUGGAUUUCUGGACUACAUGAAACCGCUGCAGGCCGGCGCGGUGUGUCUCUUCACGCUGAAGAACCCCUCGUUCCCGGAUUACAUCUGCGUGACGGACUCCGGCGUGAUGUGUGUGGACACGCACGCGAAAUACCCGUACAUGGUGGUGAUCGGGCUUUACGAUGGUAGCGUUGAGGUGUGGAAUGUCCACGCUACCUGCACCAUGCCCGCGUACAGGAGUAACAGUGUCACGAACAAGCACAGAGGUAUAGUCUGGGAGGUCAAGUGGGCUCCAGAUUUACCAGAUGGAGAGCUGAAUUUCUUUUCCGUGGCAGCUGAUGGAAAGAUCAACAAUUGGGUACUGAUGCAAAAUGAGCUCGCCGUUACCACUAUUAUCACAUUAUUUCUGGACAAGGAUCCGGCGUCUGGACCUGAUGGAACGCUGUUGAGGGCAAUAGCCUGUGCGUCGUGCGUGAAGCUGCACCCAGACAAGCCUCUCGUUUACUUGGUCGGCACUGAAGAGGGACAUAUCUAUAAAUGCAGUACCGCGUACAGUUCGACGUACCUCAUGACUUACUAUGCCCAUACGAUGCCUGUUUGUAGGAUAGAUUUCAACAGAUACAACACGGACAUAUUCAUAUCUUGCAGCGCCGACUGGAGAAUCAAGAUAUGGGAAGAUGAAAGACAAGAGCCGCUUUUUGUAUUUGACGUUGGAGAUAGAGUGGGCGACGUCAAAUGGGCUCCGUACUCUUCUACCGUUUUCGCGGCUGUCACAGCGGAAGGAAGGGUGUACGUUUUCGACUUGAACGUGAACAAAUACAAACCUAUCUGCGUACAAGCAAUCGUGUCGCGAAGAAAGAAUAAGGUCACCAGAAUUUCCUUCAAUCCAAAGCUGCCGAUACUGAUUGUCGGAGAUGAUAAGGGUUGCGUGACGACUUUGAAGCUGUCGCCAAAUUUGAGAAUAAUGUGCAAAGCACCGAAGAAACAACAGCAUUUGGACCAAUGGACGCUGCAGUGCAUGAAGUUGGACAAGCUGCUCGCUCUCGUGCGCGAACCAGUUACAUUGACGUUACCUGAAGAUACAGCAGGGUCUGAGGAUUCAUAAGAAAUGUGAUUUUAAAAUAUAUUUAUUAACACUUAUUAAACUUCUACACAACACAAAACUUUAUAAAAUCUAUAACAUGUCUUGGCACCUAAACUUUUAUCUACAAGAAGGAACGAUACAAGGAGAGGAGCUAUUUUUAUUGAGUACAAUGAAUGUUUAAUUUACAGAACGACAUAUGAAUUACCUA